AUGGCAAAGAAAACAUGUCGCCGGUUGAGUCAAAGGGAUCAAGAGUUGCUUUGCGAAUUCGUGCGGAAAUCUUCUACGUGUGCGGCAUGCCAAGCUAUGGAAAUGUGCACAGCGUAG